UGCAUGUGACGUCCCUUUCCCGGCCCAAGUGGGCGUAACACAAAAUUGCACAAUUAUGUAAUAAUGAUAUAAAAUGAUAUGAAGGCGUGAUAAAUCAUGAGAUUGUUUCAGUCGAUGGCAACGGUCAGUUUCAAAUAGGACUCGUAUGCAAAACAAGCGAUGGCAAAAGGAUAGAGGCCGUGUUCAUGUUUAGCCAAGCCCGUUAAAGUAGAAUGGAAGACGAAUUAGACGACAAAAUCCUAUACCAAACGUACGUGUCCCACAUGAAACUCAUGUCUCGGAUCGCGUGGGGCGUCCCUCUAAACAUCUCCCCGUUAGCGUACACCUCGCACGUAUGGAGACUCCUCAAAGUGUACAUGUUGAAACCGGAGAUAAUCAUUUUCGGCACGAUAGUGUUGUUCAUGUUGAUGUAUAUGCAAGCCCUUGAUGUAUGGAGUCGUAAUUUGCUAGGGCGCCUGCAGUACACCAUCAACCGCGCCCCCAGGACCGCCCCCGACAAGCUCAGCCUCUUCACGGGCGGCGACCUGGACAAGGCUAGCUGGGAGCUCAAAAUCGGCCCCUACGCCGCCUACGCCGUCCAGGGGCGGCGCCCCAAGAUGGAAGACCGCUUCGUCAUCAACGACAACAUCAACAACACCGGCGUCGCCCUCUUCGCCGUCUUCGACGGCCACGGCGGCGAAUUCGCCGCCAAUUACGCCAAAGAGAAGCUCAUCCAGAGCCUCUACGGACGCGUGGUCGAGAUCAAAGACAUGAUUGCGGGGAAAACCACCAAGACGUGCGACGACGAGGACGAGCCCGAGAAAAAAGACCCGGAAAAGCCCCCCACUCCGAGCCUCGCCGAGCGCCGGAAAAGCUUCCGGAAAACCAGCUCCACCACAGAUGAAUGCAUCAAAGGUGCCAAAGAAAUCACAGACACUGAACUACUGUCAAAACUGGACAAUAUCCCGAGACCUAUAACCAGGGAAGUGCGCCCGUCUUCACGCCCCCAAUCGUUCAAAAAAAUCCCUUCAACGAGUUACUUCGACAAAGCGGGAACAGUCAACUACGGGAAACUGCUCACAGACGAGGUGUUGGCCGCCGACCAACGCUUGCUCGAAACGGCCAAGAAGAGCAUGGACGUGGCCGGGACCACAGCCCUGAUUGCAAUCCUCGAAGGCGCGAAAUUGAUCGUGGCCAACGUGGGGGACUCCCGGGGGGUGAUGUGCGACAAUAAAGGCAACGUCAUCCCCCUGUCCUUCGACCACAAGCCGCAACAAAUGCGCGAGAGGAAACGCAUCAAAGAGGCGGGCGGUUUUGUCACGUUUAACGGCGUCUGGAGGGUGGCCGGCAUCUUAGCCACGUCCAGAGCGCUCGGGGAUUACCCGCUCAAAGACAAGAAAUUAGUCAUCGCCGAUCCGGAUAUUCUCACGUUCGAUUUAAACGACCACAAGCCGAUGUUUGUGAUUUUGGCUUCCGAUGGAUUGUGGGACACUUUCUCGAACGAAGAAGCGAUCAGUUUUAUUAAAGAACGACUGAACGAACCCGAUUAUGGUGCGAAAAGCUUAACUUUACAGUCGUAUUAUCGCGGUUCUUUGGAUAAUAUCACCGUUAUCGUGAUUAAUUUCAGAGAUAACGCCUUUAGCUUCCACAGUGCGGAGAAGAGCGCUUAGGAAGCGGGGUUUUGCUCAAGUUAGCUGAGAUUUGUACCUGCGGUUUAGUCUAGGCCAUUUCGUGUUGAUUAAAUUUUUUACCGAUUCUGGCGGCCGGUGAGGCCCGCGAGUCGAUUCAUGUUGAUUACGUGUUGUUUUAAGUUUCAAAGAACUAUUACUCUAAAAAUGGCUGUAAGGUUUGUUGAUCUUUUUUCUCGAUGUAUACAAUAAAAAACGAUUUAAAACGA